AUGAAUGAACAGUUUGCUCAAUUUGCAAACAUACCAGAGCAGAGUCAAUCUGCUCCUGGUAGAGACUCACGUCAGCAGCAACAGUUACAGCAGCAACAGCAACAGCAACAGCAAGAAGAAAUAGACUUGUAUGGGUCAACAUCAUCAACUACAUCUCCGAACCUACAGUCUAAUCUACAACGACCACCGUAUAACAUCUCAUCGGAAACUACUUUCCAACCACUCGUAUCAAUGACAAAGGACACUAUUGUUGCUGAUAAUGGAAAAAUAUGUCCAUAUUGUAGAAAAGAAUUCACAAGUAAAGGAAUAUUAGGACGUCAUUUAGAUUCUAGAAAGGGUGAUCGGUUACAUCCUUUAGAAGAGAUCAAUGCAUUGAGAAGUCUUACUAAACGUAGAAAUUAUGACAUUGAAACUAGCGGGACGGGAGUUAACCCAUCUACAUCUAAACCGAUUGAAGAAGAAUUCUUAAAACAUCCAAAAAAGAGAAAAGUAUCUAAAAAGACAUUGGCAAGAUCACAAAUCUCAGUUGAUUUUGUUCGAGGACUGAAAGAGAAGAGUAAACUUCGAAGGAAAUUACGAGAUAGAAGAAUAAAAGCUAAGAUACUUACAAAUGAAUGGUUCUUGGAUCAAUUUGGUAAACAUCCAUUACAUCAUGAAUCAGAGAGAGGUGAUCUAACGGUUAAUUUUGUCCAUAUAACAGCCAUGUAUUUACCGAUAUCCAAUUGGCCAGAAUCAUAUCCUGAUCAUAGUAGUUUUGAUUUUGUAGUUAAUGAAUUAAAAGCUAGAGAUAAAUUAAACUUGAUAAGUUCAUUAACAUUUAAUUUCCAUGCUUUUGAACAAUUAUCAACUCAACAACGGAAAGAACUUUGGCAACGGGAAACUUUCAAUACAUUAAAAUCAACAAUUGGUAAGUUUUCACUUGGAGAUUUAGGGGAAAUUAAAUCAUUUAUAUCAAAAAAGGAGCAAGCUAAUUUUGAAGAUAUUUGUGAAAAGGAUAAUUUAUCUGGAUUUGUUGAUAUUGAAGAUGAUCAAGAAUCUGAACACGAAGAAAGAGAAGAGGAACAAGAACCAACUGAUGUAGUUGCAGAAGUAGCAAGAGAUCCGGAACGAUUUAUUUCCCAACUUUCUGAUACUUCUGGAUCAAUUGUUGAUGAUUUUAAUAUAUUUAGGGUUUAG